AUGCCUUACCUCGGCGAUUCUUUCCCCUCCACAAACCCUUACGCCGUGAGCGAGAAACCUGAGAUCAGCAUGUCUAUCUUCGGAGCCUUCAAGCAGAAGCUUGGCCGCAAGUCAUCAUCUUCUCGCAAGUCCAAGCAGGCAUCUCAGUCGAACGUGUCUACACCCGGCAGCAACAAUCCCUUUUCAAGCCCUGCGGUCAAACCCGCCAAUCUAACACCACCCUCUCCGUCGGAAAAUGGCUACCUGGGAAGCAAUGGCGGACCUGUUAGAAGCCCCUCGCCCGCCCCAUCCACCGCCGGUUCCAUCAUGUCGAGCGCUGGCAUGAGCGUUUCGACGCCAGAGGACCCCUACGCAUUCCUUUCCUCCUUCGACACCAUCUUCGUUAUUGACGAUUCGGGGUCCAUGUCUGGCCGCUCGUGGCCUGAGGUCCAGGGUGUAAUCCGCAACAUCGCUCCGGUCUGCACGGCACAUGACAAGGACGGCGUUGACCUCUACUUCCUCAACCACAAGACCCAGGCGGGUGGAAGUCCUCGUGAAGGUAAAGCCGCGGGCGGCUACUACGGCAUCCGUCGUGCCGACACGGUUGAGGGCAUCUUCACAUCGGUUCGUCCUCGCGGCUGCACGCCUACGGGUCAGCGCCUCCUCGCCAUUCUCAAGCCUUAUCUUCAGCUCCUCGAGACUAAGAAGAACGACAUCGAGAGCGUCAAGCCCAUCAACCUCAUCGUCAUCACCGACGGCGCCCCCUCCGAUGACGUCGAGGCCACCAUCCUCUACGCAGCCAAAAAGCUCGACAAGCUCGACGCUCCCAUGCAUCAGGUCGGUGUGCAAUUCUUCCAGGUUGGCAACGAGCCUGGUGCCCGCGAGGCGCUCCGGGAGCUCGACGACGACCUUGUCGGCAGAUGUGACGGCGAUCUUCGAGACAUGGUCGACACUGUUACCUGGGAAAACGGUAUCCGCGGCAUGCUCACGGCAGACAACAUCCUCAAGGUCGUUCUCGGCGCGGUCGUCAGACGUCUCGACCGUCGUCGUACAAGUGGCGAAAGCCGUCGCUAA